UGCACUGGCAUGGCCACGAGGUAGCUCAUCGUAGCCGCAAUCACCUCCUCUAUCACUUUCCCAUACACACAUAUACACAUAACCCUACAUUCCCAUACGUACCUGGCCAAUACCCGCGGAGGGCUCAUGAUACUACCGACAACACCGUAGCCAAGGUAGCCGGAGAGCGGUUGAGGUUAUGUUCGCUUCAGAAGCGCGCGCGCUAUUCCCGCGGCGCCACGAUUUGAUCCGUCGUUCUACGUCUACUGCCGCGUGUGCUCCGUUUAUCGUUCACCUUGUGUGACAACUGUGUUAACCCGUUGUGAUUUAUUCCACGAAUAUCAUUUCGAUAAUAUCCAGUCAAGAUGGAGAAUUCUGCUUACGUGCCGAACCAUCUCACACCGCCUUCCUUGGUCGUUUUUUCGCAAGGCGGGGGCCUCCCAGAGGCUCUGAGAAUGCAAAGACCCUUCAAUCCACAAUGGGGUUCGUUUUUCGAAUCGAAGGUUUCAGAUUCCAAGGAACUCCAGGUACCCUUUAGCACCGCAGCUUCACUGGGUUACGGUUUGCAUCACAUGCUGCAUCUUCCGCCGCAGUUUCUUCACCCAUUGGAUCCGAGGUCGCCGUUCGGUGCCUUCCGCCCCCUGGGACCGUCGGCGUUCGCGCCGCCGAGUAAAUGUUUGAAAGUUGAAACCGGCAAUACAACCGUGUCGUCUGGUUUGGCGUCGAUCGGAUCGCUGUCAGGUAUGUCGAACAUGUUCUCGCCGACGUUGCCCUCCGGUGGUGUCGGGGGCGGCGGGGGAGGAGGCGCCGGCGGAGGCGGCAACGUUUCCGCCGUCGGUGUCGGCGAAGUCGCCCCGCAAAGUCCGGCGGGCUCGGCCAGCAGAUCGCCGCCAGGAAGUGGCACCGGACAGGGGAUGAAUCGGGGAACGACGCCCGACGACGAGGACAGGGAGGCGAACGCGACCCCCGGUUCGGAGAACACCGAGAGAUCGACGCCGGAGGAGGGCAGGCCCUACAGACUGGGGCCCGUGUUCGGUGGUCGAUGCGGUGCGGAAGCCCUUGGAUUAGGUCUUGGAUUAUCCCUGGGCCCGGCCUACAGGUUCGCUCUUCCUCCGGGACUCGCUGCCAAGACCACUAGAUGCCUUGUGUUCGAUCAAGGCAAAAAGAAAUUCCCCUCGGACCCAUCGUGUUGCCCGGUGUGCGGGGUGACCGUCCGCCCCCAGGAAUUGGAGCAACACUUCGCCCAGGAGUUGGACCGACUGUACAAAGUGUCAGCCACGACGUCGCGGCCUAGGUCAUCGCGAUCAACCGGAGCCCCGGGUCAUCCGCAGGAUCACCCGCACGCCCCUCUGCUCCACGCUCCCUCGGCAGCGGACGGUACGCCGCAGGGAAGAUGGGAGACUUACAAAAGGAUCAAAGCCAACAGACAAGCGAGGAUCCGCGUUAAGAACCGAAAGAGAAAAGCGGAGGAGCCCUCGUGCCCGGUGUGCAACGAACGGCUGUCCGGUAGCCCGGAGGAGUUGAAUCAACACGUGGAACGUUGCUUGAACAAACACAACGGCAAUGCGACGGGUCAGAGCGCCGGUAUCGACGACGAGGACGUCGACGUCGAGGGGGACCCCGAAACCUUCGAAGAGUACGAAUGGGCGGGACAACGUCGAGUGCGUGCGACAUCGAUGCUGGUCGGCGGAUUUUCCGCUGCGGGACUAGCGACGUCUUCGAGCAGCCGGGGCGCCGGGGGCCUCGGGGGCCAGCAGGACGACGACGACGUCGAUCUGAUCGUCGACGGCGACGACGCCGCCCAAUUCGGCCCCGCUCAGUACUCGGAGGCCGACGUUGUGGCGCCGCGCGCCGAGGGCACGCCGCGCGAGCAGAAGGAACGCGAGGCGCUGAGGGAGGCGGUUAUAUCGCCGCACGCCCCUCACACGCCGCACACCCCGCCGGAGCAGCCGCACGGGGCCCAGGUGGAGGUGAAACCGGAACCGGGGACCGUCGCCCCCCCCUCCGGGCAGACCCAACGCGAGCGCGACGUCGACGGAAGUUCGCCGACGGUGGCCAGGGAGGCGGACGCCCCGGUGGUCGAGGCGCUGCGAGGGAGGAUCAGGGACCUCGAGGCCGAGAUGAGGGUCCAGCCCUUCAAGUGUCUCAUCUGCAUGGAACAAUACAAGAAACCGGUAACCUCCGUUUGUUGCUGGCACGUCCAUUGCGAACAAUGUUGGCUCCACACUCUGGGUGCGAAAAAAUUGUGCCCUCAGUGCAACAUGAUCACAUCGCCGGCGGAUUUGCGACGCAUUUACAUGUGAGGCUGCUGCGGUCGUCGUCGUCGUCGUCGUCGUCGUUCGCACGGUCGUUGAAAGUGCAGGUCGUUGAAAGUUCACUUGACUUUUACUAGCCAAAUUCAAAUCUCUGUCGCCUCCCCCCCUCCCCCCUCCCCCCGCCCCCCGAUGCACACUUGUAUAUUUGUAUCAUAUAUUAUUAUUGUACUUUAAAUCGAAGGAGGAGAAGUAAGACGUCGCCACGCAUUCGGUACCGUAGUAAGUUAAUUAUCUAGACUAUAUAUCUUCAAAAGAGUACACGUGCGUAUUAUACAUACUUAUAUUAUAAAUAUUAUACAUAUUAUUAUUAUUAUUAUUAUUAUUGUUAUCACGUCAACACGUCGUCGUCACAUCGGUUCGUUGAAAUCGUCAUCGUAUUGCACGGAAUAGGAAUUAUUCAAUUGAAAACAAAUUUAGAGAACACCCGCAGCCUCUCUAUAUCUACUAUCUCGAAACAUCGUCGAGGGUAUUGUCUAUUUGUAACAACUAUUAACGCUAACCCACAUCGUCCAUGGACGAAGAAAAAUAAUUGUCUUAUGUGAAUUAUCGAAAAUCCGUAAAAAAAAAAAAAAACCGACCGAGUUUUCUUUUGAAUUCUUCUCUCGCGAUCAUCGUUCUCUUCGUUGUUCUCUUUGUUCCGUAUCUUUUUCCCUCUUCUUCAAUUCGUACUAAUCAUUUUGUAAACAAGUAUUUAUUUUUGUAUUUAUUUAUCGUAGAGUCGAGCCUACAAACAUUAUUUCUAGAACGUCGUCUCGCGUAUACGCGCUACAAUAGAAACGAAAGCAAACGAACAAAAUUUAAAAGCGAGAUAUACGCGGGCUCGCGUCCUUUUGACGUGAGACGAAACUCUCGCGUUCCAACGGACCCGCAUCCGGUAUACACAUAUGAAUAUGCGCGCGUUAUGCGUACACCUCGUGGAAAAAUAAACGGCUCUAAAAUUGGAGGGUCGCCCUGCGAAGGUCCAGCCGUCUCGGGGUGACCUCUCGACAUUGCCGAUUGAUUUAUCCGCCCCCCGGGAUCCGCGUGAAAAACAAACUCGUUAUAUUUAUCGCGUCGUUCUCGUUACGAUCUCGAGCGGCACCAGCGAUCGGAAUCCGGAAGUGAUUUUUGUCGUCUCACUUCCCGAUUCAGCUCGCAACUUUUGUAUCAUUCGACGAUUGAAACAUUUUUUCCACGCGUCGCUUUACGUACAGGUGAAGAAUCCUCGAUGUUACUCAUCAUUCGCCGAUUGUUAUUACACUCGAUAUAAUUUGCCGUAGAAUUUUUUUAGCUGGAAAAAUCGUCGCCCCUGACACGUGGAUCGGCGAGUCGAUUCGCGAUAGGUGGAAUAUUUAAGACGACUGAGGUCGAUCGGAUACCCUCGCACUCGUCGUGGAUUCCGACGAGUUUUUAUUAUGUUUUUGUUUUUGUGUGUGUUUUUCGUUUCUCUUCGACCUUGCAGGGGUGACGAACGCACAGCCGCAAUGAUUUUUCAAUUCCACGCAAAAUCUGAAGUGAGUAAAAAUAGAUUGUAAAUAACGAGAAAAAAAAUGAAAAAAAGGCAGACGUAGAACAGGGGCGCGCGCGAGGCGAACCCUCGCGCGACGAGCGAAACCAAAC